AUGGACAAAAUCUGUUCGAUCCAGCUCUGCCUUGGGCUCCUAACUGUUUUCUCUAUAAUGCUGUUGAUACCGUCUGCACAUGGAAAACCUCUUGCACUACAAGAAAACCAAGGGUUUCCGGAGAGAGGAGACACCAAUCACCAAGAUGUCCUGCUGACGCUGCUGCUUAACAAAAACCUCGGCUGGAGGCAACCAGCGAAUAGCAACUUGGAGCUGGCAAAGAAAUUUGAAGAACUUGAACAGCUGGAGAAGUUAAAGGAGCAGCUUGUGGCUGGGGAAGGCUCUGAGGAGGCCUAUGCCGAGGCGGGCCUGCUGCCAUCACACCCUGACAAACGCGUGCGUGACUCACUGCUGUGGCGCCUCCUGCUGGUCGUCUCUGCGAAUUAG